CGAAUCACUGCCCCAUAAUCAAGACUUUGUGGAGAGGCUGAGCUCUGAUUUUAAACCCGCCCUCCGGAGAGAUCUAAUUUCCCCAAAACCUCCCAUUUUCUCUCUCUCCUUCUGUCCCUUUUACUUUAUCUCUUAUUUUUCGUCUUUCGCUGUAACCUAGCCUCCACUCACGAAUCAUGGAUCUCACAACGAGAUGUUUGUUUCUUCUACCCUGCCUUUGCAUGAUAUCUGCGAUCGAUUUAGAAGCAAUAGACACAAUCUACUAUGUGGAGCCUACUGCCACUUCAGAUGUUAUCGACUAUAAGGAUCCCUGUAAAGCUGUUGCCUUUUGGGGAGACAUUGCUCUGGAUGAGGAGGACAUGCGCAUGUUUAAGGUGGACCGGAUUAUUAACAUGGCCCAACGGACCAUCCAGACCUUCAAUGAGACAACCACAGUGCAUCUGCCAGGAAGAUGUAUACGAUGCAUGACCCACUCAGCACCAGGUUCUUCUGCCAAUGAGACCAGUCGAAACAGAGCAUUGCCAAACCGGCAAGGAUCACACCGCAGGAAAAGGGCGGCAACAUCCAGACCUGAGAGGGUGUGGCCAGAAGGUGUCAUUCCCUAUGUCAUCAGUGGGAACUUCAGUGGCAGCCAGCGGGCAAUAUUCCGCCAGGCCAUGCGUCACUGGGAGAAGCAUACCUGCGUGACCUUUAUCGAAAGGACAACAGAGGAGAGCUACAUUGUGUUCACUUACCGGCCAUGUGGGUGCUGUUCCUAUGUGGGCCGCAGGGGUGGCGGUCCCCAGGCCAUCUCCAUAGGAAAGAACUGUGACAAGUUUGGAAUAGUGGUGCAUGAGCUUGGCCACGUGAUUGGUUUCUGGCACGAGCACACCCGGCCCGACAGAGACGAACACGUCAGCAUCAUCAGGGACAACAUCCAGCCAGGACAGGAGUAUAACUUCUUGAAGAUGGAGCCAGGGGAGGUGGACUCUCUGGGAGAAGUGUAUGACUUUGACAGCAUCAUGCACUAUGCCAGGAAUACAUUCUCAAGAGGAAUCUUCUUGGACACCAUCCUGCCACGCUAUGAUGUCAAUGCAGUGAGACCGCCAAUUGGCCAGAGGACAAGGCUAAGCAAAGGGGAUAUCACACAGGCACGCAAACUCUACAAGUGUUCCAGAUGUGGAGACAGUCUGCAGGAAAGCAGUGGGAACUUCUCCUCUCCUGGCUUCCCCAAUGGAUACUCAGCCUACAUGCACUGCAUCUGGAGAAUAUCGGUCACACCUGGGGAAAAGAUCAUUCUGAACUUCACCUCCAUGGAUCUGUACAGGAGUCACCUGUGUUGGUAUGACCAUGUUGAGAUCAGAGAUGGAUACUCCAGGAAAGCCCCUCUGAAAGGUCGUUUCUGUGGGGAUAAGCUGCCUGAACCAAUCAUCUCCACCGACAGCCGCCUAUGGAUCGAGUUCCGCAGCAGCAGUAACUGGGUGGGGAAGGGCUUCUCCGCUGUGUAUGAAGCCAUCUGUGGAGGGGAGGUGAAGAAGGAUAUCGGACAGAUCCAGUCUCCUAACUACCCAGACGACUAUCGGCCCAACAAGGUGUGCAUAUGGAAGAUCAGUGUGUCUCAGGGCUACCACGUCGGCCUGACCUUCCAGUCCUUUGAGAUUGAGAGGCAUGACAGCUGUGCCUAUGACUACCUGGAGGUGAGGGAUGGGAACUCCGAGAACAGCCCACUGGUGGGACGCUUCUGUGGUUACGACAAGCCAGAUGACAUUAAGACCAGUUCCAACCAGCUCUGGAUGAAGUUUGUGUCUGAUGGCUCUGUCAAUAAGGCUGGCUUCGCUGCCAACUUUUUCAAAGAGAUGGACGAGUGCUCCAAGCCAGACAAUGGUCGCUGUGAGCAACGCUGUGUCAACACACUGGGCAGCUACAAGUGUGCCUGUGACCCGGGCUAUGAGCUGGCUGCCGACAAGCGCAGCUGUGAGGCUGCAUGUGGAGGUUUCAUCACCAAGCUGAACGGCUCCAUCACCAGUCCAGGCUGGCCUAGAGAGUACCCCCCCAACAAGAACUGUAUCUGGCAGCUGGUGGCGCCCACACAGUACCGCAUCACCCUGCUCUUUGACGUCUUUGAGACGGAGGGCAAUGACGUGUGUAAAUAUGACUAUGUGGAGGUGCGCAGUGGGCUCUCAGCAGACUCAAGGCUACAUGGGAAAUUCUGUGGAGCAGAGAAACCGGAGGCCAUCACCUCUCAGUACAACAACAUGCGCAUUGAGUUUAAGUCCGACAACACUGUCUCCAAGAAGGGAUUCAAAGCUCAGUUCUUCUCAGACAAAGACGAGUGCUCCAAGGAGAAUGGAGGCUGCCAACACGAGUGUGUCAACACCUUCGGAAGCUACAGCUGUCAGUGCCGCAGUGGCUUUAUGCUGCACGAGAACAAACACGACUGCAAAGAAGCCGGCUGUGAUCACGUUGUGAACAGUGUGACUGGCACUAUCACAAGCCCCAAUUGGCCAGAUAAAUACCCCAGCAAGAAGGCAUGCACCUGGGCACUCUCCACCACCGCAGGCCAUCGCAUCAAAAUCGCCUUCAAUGCAGUUGACAUGGAGGCCCAUCUAGAGUGUGCCUACGACCACAUUGAGAUCUACGACGGGCGCGACAGCAAAGCCCCCAGUCUGGGUCGCUUCUGUGGCACUAAGGAGCCUCCUCCCAUCAUGUCCAGCGCCAACAAGAUGUUCAUCCGCUUCUUCUCUGAUAACUCUGUUCAGAAGAAGGGCUUCGAGGCCUCCCACACAGCAGAGUGCGGAGGUCGUCUCAAGGCUGAGGUCAAGACCAAAGACCUGUACUCCCAUGCUCAAUUUGGUGACAAUAACUACCCCGGUGCAUCUGACUGUCAGUGGGUGAUCGCUGCUGAGAAAGGCUAUGGGGUGGAGCUCAUCUUCCAGACCUUUGAAAUCGAGGAGGAGGCUGACUGUGGCUACGACUACAUGGAGCUCUUUGAUGGUGCUGACACCAAGUCCCCAAGGCUAGGACGCUACUGUGGCUCUGGGCCUCCUGAGGAGAUCUACUCUGCCGGCGACUCCAUUGUAAUCAAGUUCCGCUCUGACGACACCAUCAACAAGAAAGGCUUCCAUGUCCGCUACACCAGCACUAAGUUCCAGGACACACUGCAUUCGCGCAAGUGACCAGCGGGGGCCGGAAAGGGCCGGGUGGGGAAGAGGGGCAAGCGGAGGGGCCCACAGGGGAGGCGCCAGCCUGACACUCGGAAACCGUCGGCCACCAAGAUCAUUCAGAAACGACAGAACAGCCGCAAGAGCACCAACCGCACCUCAGUCCCCAGGGCUCCAGCUCCCGACAGACUGUGAGGAGUAAAGCCAUUCUGCAGUAGACCUUGUUUUUACCUUUUUUAUGGUUAUGAUUGGGGUGGGUGGGUGGAUAUUCGGUUUAGGCGGAUUCAGGGGGAAAGUUUAUCUACCCCCAGGUUUUUUAAUUUUAUUUUAAAAACAAAUGCCUCCUAAUGAGAGCUAAAUGAACAACAGUGGAUUCUCAGGACCUGUAGGAAGGCAGGCAUCAGCUGGACAGAUCCCUGCUUUUGUCAGGCCAGCUCACCAUGCCAGGGGGAAAGAAGGAGAAGAGGAGGAGACCGGAGGGAGUUCCAGAGGGAUUAGCCAACCCCAACCUCCCGGCCGCACUCCUCCGGAAUACUAGAGCUCCUCACAUUCCCAUCCCUAUUGUUCAAGGAUUCCAAUCCAUAAGAGGAUUAGAGGAAUACCUUUGACUUGAGGUUUUGAUACUGUAUGUCAGAGUUGCAAGUGUAAUUGGAAUUGUCCUGGCAACCAGUACAGGAUUCUCAUUAUUAUCAUUAACAAGGAAAUUAAGGAAGCAGUUAUCUAAUAAAUCAAAUGUGACCCAUGUCUUCUGGUUGGUAAUUGCUUGCCCAUUGAGGGGCUAUUGCUGUACCUCUCUGUGUAAUUGUAAUGAGUAUGAUUAUUCAAAGGGAAGUGACAUACUUUCCUCAACUCAAAUCAAUAAGCACUUUACAGUGAAUUGUUCCAAAUCAUGAACUAAUGAGAUUUUGUCAAAUGCAAGUUCACUGAUUUUUUUUAUGCAUUAUUAUGCAAAUCACUUCUAUUCCCUGAUUUAUUUUUUCAUUGCUCCAUUUAGUUUCUCAGGCGUGCUGGAGAUCUGUUUGUACCCUGUAACAUUGGGGAAUAAAGAUGUGGUUUCUGUUUCAGUGUUGAUCUACAGGUUUAAUGUGCAGGAGUUUCUCCCACUAGACUACAACUCUCCAUAGAUAGUACAAUAUCCAGGUGUAAGCCAGAGCCUCCUUUAUUGUAAUAAAAGGCUCUGGGUGCUGGCAAGUCUUGAGUAGUCAUUGUCAUAGCAACCAUUACACAAUAUAAUCAUCUGUUUAUGGUGGAGCACUGCAGAAGUCCAUGCUAGUAUGAAAGUGUUGGUAUUUUGCAGCAAGACUGAUGUUGAAUACAUGUCAAUUACUGUUAUCCCACUCUAUUUUCAGGUUAUUUUUCAUUUGACUGACAAUUCCAGCUGUGUCACUUAAUGUCUUUGCCUUUUAUAACCAAUCAAUGCAGAUGUUUAGCAUGGUUGGAUUUGUAAAAACCAAUGGAUGUGCUUGUGAUAACAAAGUAAGUACUAUGUGUGCUUGUAUGCUGCCAUUUGCUCCUGUCUCUUUUCAGCUGUCUGUGUUUAGCAUGUGCUGGUUAGGUGAGAGUCCUGGGCACUGGAGAGAGAGAAUACUUCCACAGGAGUCAGAACUGAUUAUUUUCUAAUAGCCUGAAGCACAUUGGUCUGAGACUGCCAAGCUCCACAAACCAAUGAAGACCAAGCAUUUUCAGUUAUUCAAUCGCACACUCUUAGCCCCCCCAAAAGGCUAACCAUUUCAUCUUCUGAAAUGAUUUCCUGGGUUUAGUUAGAGUUUCAGGCUAUAUUUGGUUUCAACAUAUCUGUAAUAAUGAUGACCUGUGAACAUAUCCAGUGACCUCUGACCUCUGAUGGUUCAGCCACUGUUUUGCUCUGUACAAUACUGCCUUAUUAUUCAUGUUGCAUGAGUGAUAAUGUUAUCAAGCAAUAAUCCUCAGGGUGGCACCAAAUAGACUGUGAGCUCACACUAGCUGUGCUCACUGGAAACCAAAUCUGUACAUUUAACAGUAACAAAUAGCAUAGCCUGUCUUUGUGCAUUUUAAAUUUGCUAAUAUGAAAAGUAUUUCUGUAUUUUUUUUUUCUUGCUCAGCAGGAAAUACAUGGUUCUGUUCAGUAAAAUUAAAAAGCAAUUAUUCUUGGAAUCCAUUUAAUUAACUACAUAUUAUAUUCUCUGCCAUGGCUGAUGGACAGUAAUUACAAUUCUGAAAUGAUCACAUCAGCUUGUCUCAUACAGCUCUAGUAGGAUAUAUAAGCACAGACAUCUAAUCAUAUUCCAUAUUGAGCUCGCAAGUGGUGCAGCGGUCUAAGGCACUGCAAUUCAGUGUGUCACUACAGUUCCUGGUUUGAAUCCAGGCUCUAUCACAUCCGGCCGUGAUUGGGAGUCUCAUAGGGAGGCGCACAAUUGGCCAAGGUUUGGCCGGGAUAGGCCAUCAUUGUAAAUAAGAAUUUGUUCUUAACUGACUUGCCUAGUUAAAUAAAGGUACAAAACAAUGUUGAACAUAAGCUGUCAGGGUGCUGUGUGCUUUAGGGCUGUAUUGAAUCGCUUUACAGAUAUGCAAUAGAAAUGUAAAGGUCAUUUCAGAUUGAGCCGACAUAUGCAGCGCUCACAGUGAAUGCAGCCUCCGCUAAAGCUGGAACAUUGUCUUUCAAUUUGAAUCGCGCUGUAAAGCUGAACUUCCGCUGUCUGGAUUGAAUAGAGACACUCGUCAUCAGACAGUAGGUGGCUUGUAGAUAUCUAUGUCAAUAACAGUUCUUUGUUUGCCUAAUGAUUUACAUGAAAAAUGAAUUGCGCUCG